AUGAAUUACCAGAGCUUCCUUCAACUGACAACAAAACUCGAAGUGGAAGAGGAUGUUCUGCAGAUAUUCUUUCAAGAACGCUUCUACCAAGAAACAAAAGAGAGAAUAGUGCUAUCCAAACCAAAACGGAGAACAGACGUUUGCUACCCCAUUAGAGUCCCUUCAACGUGUCGACGAAAUUUUGGUCCAACCUGCUGUGCGUUUUUUGGAUUGAGUUGUAGUCCGGAGCCUGUGACAAGUACUCCAAAACAAAAUAGAUCAUCAAGAAAACGACUGCACGUGGAUGUUAGUCCGAUUCGGUCAAAUCCGUCAUCGAGUAGAUCAUCCUCCAGAAGCUCAUCUGAAGAUAGUCCAGGGCCUUCCAGCAGAGUGAAAAGUUUGCAGACUCGUCCAUUGAAAGCGUCAUCUGUCCCCCUGUUAUCCCCAAAUCUUCCAGUUGGAUCUCGAAAUCAGUCUGAGGAGACUGUACCAAACUGCACAAAAAGAAUGUGCAGCACCGACUGGUCAGAGAUGUUUUGA